AGGUCAUUUUUUCCACACGAAUCAUUCAGUUCCAAGUCGCUCUGUCGAACGUGUUCACUGAAAGCAUGGCGCUCCUCGCGAGAAUCGCUAAGUGUGAGACACGCUUUACCAGAUCCUAUAGCAAUGCUGCCCCGACGGUUAAAAUGUACAUCGACGGGCACUUCACAGAAUCAAAAGCUACAGAGUUCAUUGAUGUCCACAAUCCGGCGACAAAUCAAGUGCUGUGCCGCGUUCCAAAAUGCACGAGGGACGAGAUGGAGAGUGCGGUGCAGAGCGCUCAGAAGGCAUACGAGAAGUGGCGGUAUACAAGUGUCCUAACGAGACAAAAUUUGAUGCUAAAAUAUCAGGCUCUCGUGCGCGAACACUCGAAAGAUAUUAUAGAGUGUAUUGUGAAAGAAAAUGGAAAGACUACGGCUGACGCGGAGGGAGAUGUGCUUCGAGGUCUACAGGUCGUCGAUUCGUGCGCGGCGAUCCCGUUGAUGCAAAUGGGCGAAUCCAUGACCAACAUCGCCACGGACAUGGACAUCGUCUCGUAUAAAGUACCCCUCGGUAUUACCGCGUCCAUUUGCCCCUUCAACUUUCCCGCUAUGAUACCGCUUUGGUCGUUUCCGCUAUCGGUCGCAUGCGGGAACGCCGUUAUCCUGAAGCCGUCGGAACGGGUACCAGGUGCGGCCAUGAUACUCGUUGAUCUCUUCACGAAAGCCGGUGCACCAGCUGGCCUUGUAAAUGUGAUACACGGCCACCGUGCAACAGUAGACUUCAUCUGCGAACAUCCUCGCAUCAAGGCUAUCUCGUUCAUCGGUUCUGAUCAGGCGGGCAAGUAUAUUUACAAGCAGGGCAACGCGCAUGGCAAAAGGGUACAGUGCAAUUUGGGCGCUAAAAAUCAUUGCGUCAUUCUGCCAGACGCAAAUAAGAACAAAACGUUGUCGCAAAUCGCCGGGGCGGCUUUCGGCGCCUCCGGGCAGCGAUGCAUGGCGCUCUCGGUGGCUAUUUUCGUAGGCAAAGCCAAGGAAUGGGUACCCGAGCUAGUAGAAGCGGCGAAGAGGUUGAAGGUAAACGCCGGUCACGUGCCCGGCACCGAUGUAGGACCUGUUAUAUCGCCGCAGUCGAAGCAGAGGAUCAAAGAGCUGAUCGACUCCGGUGUUAAAGAAGGCGCGCAUUUAGCCCUUGACGGGAGAGAGCUCGUUGUGCCCGGCUACGAAAGCGGGAAUUUUAUUGGACCCUCAGUGUUAACUAACGUCAAGCCUACAAUGAAGUGUUACACGGAAGAAAUAUUCGGGCCCGUUUUAACGUGCAUGUUCGUUGACACUACCGACGAAGCCAUCGACAUCAUCAAUAAAAGCACUUACGGCAAUGGCACGGCACUUUUCACGACAAACGGAGCGUCAGCCAGGGCAUUCAUAAACAGAAUCGACGUCGGCCAAGUUGGCAUUAAUGUACCCAUACCUGUCCCUGUACCGAUGUUCAGUUUCACCGGUAACAAGGGUUCUUUCCUCGGGGACAUAAACUUUUACGGGAAACACGGGGUGAAUUUCCACAUGCAAAUUAAGACCAUAACACAGUUGUGGAGAUCCAGUGACGCUACCGACAUCGCGUCGUCGACGUCGAUGCCUAUUAUGGAGUGAAGCUACAAUUACAUGUGAUUUUACGACACACGAAAGGUUGCCUGAGCUUCGCUACGUUCUUCGUGCGUAAGAACGUAUACAACUUAAUUCUGCGAUUUAAAACUGCGAUCGCGCAGUUUCAAACAAUGUCUUCCAUUGUUGCGUACAAAUCUGUAAAUGUUGAGCAUAUUUUUAUAACCUAGAUAGACUACAUCUAUUUUUUUUAUACAACAAUAAAGUGUAGUCCAAACGUCGAUUCUACAUUUAUGCCCUAAAAAAUACAAGUUUGAUUGCUACAGAAGGCUAUAUAUAAUACAAAAUUAAAUAAAGAAUUCAUACUGCUACA